CACUCAACUUCUUCAGACUUCUUCUCCUCUCCAUCAAAAUAUGUACACACGUGUGUGAAAUCAAUUUUGUCAUUUGUCCAAGAAAAUUUACUUGUAUCCCAGUUCUUUUCGUAAUGAUUCAUUGCAAUUUUUGAAGAAGUAUUCCUAAUCUUUCAACUAUGUCUGCAAAGGAGGAAAAAGUUGUUGGUUUUGAGCUGGAUGAACCAGCAUCCAAGUCCAGCAGCAGAGCCAAGAAGAAAAAGAAGUCGCAGGGCUUUCAAGGAAUGGGUCUUAGCUCUAAUGUUCUAAGAGGAAUCGUCAAGAGAGGCUAUAAUUUUCCGACACCUAUUCAAAGACAGGCCAUUCCACAAGUGUUAGAUGGUAAAGAUGUUGUUGCUAUGGCACGAACAGGAAGUGGGAAAACUGCCUGUUUCCUUAUUCCAAUGUUUGAAAAAUUGAAGAUGCAUAGUGCAAAUGGAGUUCGCGCUUUGGUUUUAUCCCCAACAAGAGAAUUAGCCAUUCAGACAUUUAAAUUCUUCAAAGACCUUGGUCGGUUUACGGAUUUACGAGCCGUUUUGAUUUUGGGAGGAGACUCAAUGGACACGCAAUUUUCCACUAUUCACUCCUCACCCGACUGUAUCAUCGCAACUCCUGGUAGAUUUUUACAUUUGAUUGUCGAGAUGAAUUUAAGUCUGAAAAAUGUUCGAUUUGUGGUUUUUGAUGAAGCUGAUCGUCUAUUUGAAAUGGGUUUCGGCGAGCAGAUGAGAGAAAUCCUUCACCGAUUACCAGACAUUCGACAGACAAUGUUGUUCUCAGCAACUUUACCAAAAGUAAUCGUUCAUUUUACUCGUGCUGGUUUGUCAAAUCCAGUUCUUAUUCGAUUAGAUCUUGAUAAUAAGCUUCCAGAUACUUUAGAGUGCAAUUUCUAUAACUGUCGGGACGAAGAUAAACUUGCUGCACUAAUAUGCAUUUUGAAGAAAGUUAUCAAACCAGGAAGUUUAACUGUCGUAUUUGUAGCCACUAAACAUCAUGUAGAAAUGAUUCAUGAG